AACGGAGGCUAGGGACCGUUAGCUCAUCGUAGCGUAAUGCCAGGCGAGCCUACACCUACUGCAGCUGCUGGGAGUGGACACCGCUCCUUCUGUUGCCUUAACCGUGAGCCCGGUAGUGCGACAAGGGCUCGGCGGGUAGUCAGGCAGCCGCGUGAGCUACAAAGCUAAACUCACCCUCCGCUGCGCUGUGUGUCUUUUCCUCCUGUUGCUGCCUGGAGUAACCUGCCAGUAUGGGGAUGUGCUUAUCGUGUUUCGGCGGGGACGACGUCGUUGUCACUCCGGAUCCGGAUGCGAGGAGACGACAGUUGGCCGAGGCCGCAGAGAAGAGACAAAAAGAGAAAAACCUCUUUCAAACCCGUAAGAGCCAUGUCAAAGUUGUAACGAGACAGCAUACCGUGGUGUUAAAAACCCAGAAGCGGUCGAGAGGAAAAGGAAAAAGCAGGAAGAAAGUGAGAACCAGGCGAUGACAACGACUGCGUCUGGUGGCGGCGGCUUGAGGUGGCAGGUAGGAUGAACACCCUGAUGGUAGAAUCUGAAGUCUUGACUCGGAAGUCCGAAACACCAUGGAGCAUCGCUGCAAGAUGACUUGACAGAUGUCCGAGCUGCUGUCCAUUGGUCAACUCUUUGGUUCUAUUAUUUGCCUAUUUGAUGGUGUUACGAGACAAACAGCUGCCGCGGCUUGAUGCAAGAUGAUCUGACGUGAGGAGAUAACAUCAGGACAGCCCCCUUGAUGCCAAGUUACACAAACCAGUGUGGACCCUCGGACAAAUCGAGGAUGAUACACAGUAAUAGCAAAAGCAGGCUAUUUUAUAUUAGACCACACAAAAACAACAUAACUCUAAACUCAAGUUGUGUAUCUGGGAACACUUUGAAACAAGCUUGUCUUCAACACUCUUAUAACAUGAGCUUCAUCGCUGCACCUUUCCUUUCAUUUCCACAGUCGAGGAUCAGUAUUCACCGUUGAUCUGUUCAUGGCCAAAUUACUUUUUCUGUCCCGUUAUACAAAGGACUCAUUUCACAAGAUGGACACAGUUUAUGUUUACAUAGCAAUUUAACUGUGCUUAUUGUAGUUUUGUUGUACAAUAAUGAGCAUUCAUAUACCACUUAUUUCACCCUGUUCAUGCUCUAUGAGUCGGUAAGACAAAGGCUAGUGCAAACAGGGCUGUAACUUGUUGCUAUUGACUGAACCUGUUAUUCUCUUUGCUCGGAGUGUUUCUGUGACUCAUCUCACAUUGAAGACUGGUGCAGAAGGUAAUGUGAGUUAUGUCUUCGAGAUUUUACGAAGACUAUAUGGUCAACAACCAGGCAUAUACUCUGCAGCAUCAUAUAGUUGAUUCAUUCGUGAUGAAGGAAUUAAGCACUGAAAAAUAGGGAAUGAUUUAUUGAACUUGUGCACACAACCUUUUGCGCUUUGCACUGGCCUUUGUUACCCCCUUUUAAUAGAGCCUAAUUUCAACAGAACUUUUUUGGGUUUUCGCUGCACAAUUCCAGUUGAAUUAUUCAAAGCAAAACUCUGACGUGUCGCCUGCUUGAUUUGAAUGAGAUAUCAAUUGCGUUUAUAUAUUGCAAUGUGACAAACGGAAGCUUUUGUUAGACACCUAUUUGCACACAGUUUGUCAAUAUUUGGUACACAGCAAAUAAGCCAGCUUUCUUUCUAUGUGGAGAGAGAAACUAGUAACAGAAUUAUGAAGAAACUGAAGGAAAGUGAAUUGUGUAUGUUGUGUUUUUUUCUUUUUUCUUUUUAAACUAUGACUUGCUUUGACUGAGUGCAUUUCUUACAGCCUUCACUUGAUCCUAAAUGCUUCCGGUGCUCUCUCCUUUUUGUAGAACAGGAAAGCCAAUGGUAUUUGCUACAAUAAAUCACAUUUCUGCUA